UUGAUCGAAAACUACUACUAAUUUGUUUACGAUAUCGGUUGGCUUUCAAGUUGUGGGCAAAGGCGGCAAGGUGGUGACAUACCUACCGAUUUGAUUUUAUUUCAAUAGGACUCAACAAAUGGAAUGGAACCUUUAGAACUUGUCAGUGGUAAGGCAUUAUGGGGUGUUAUAUGUGGCACCUACAUUUUGCCGUCUGAUGAAGUUGUUGGAGAAGAGCUCCAACUAGCAACUCAGCACUUGCAGUUAGGUUUGUGUGCAUAUGAAAAGCCAAGUGGGAGUCAUUAUGAAGACUGGGCUAAGUCUGCUGAUAUCAAGCCAAAUGAAAAGGAGUUCGUCAAGAAAAUAUUCCCUCUGCUGAAUCUUACUGCAUCUCAGAGCUGGGAAAUUUUAAAGCUGUUUUUACUAAAUGACUUUCGAGGAGAAGCUUCGUUGUCAGAAAUUCUUGGUAGUCAGCGUGAUGAAGAGACAUUCUUAGCACAGCUUUGGAACUUCUAUCUGGCUGAUCGUCUUCAUCUCUUACGUUGUUUGAGACACAUCGUCGCCAAUACAGCCAAUCCAAAUCAUCCAUAUCAGGGCCUUUUUCGUGAUUUUAUGCACGAUGUCGUUGAUAAAGAUGGAACCCUCGGUGAUAGCUUAGUCAAACAAGUAAUGCUGUGUUCAAGAAUGGUCCCUCCUACUGUUCAGACACAUGGGCCUCACUUACCUACUCAUGGGUCACACAACUGGCUUACCCAUCACCUGGCAGAACUUCGAGAAGCUCUUGCAACCUUACUUGUCUAUUAUGGGAGUACCACACAUUUACCAUCUCCAGACACAUUUCAGAAACUAUUACAGUUGGCACAGGGAGGUGGCUUAGGUGGACGUGCUGAGAUUCAGGACAUAUUGCGUGAUAGCCACAGGCCUUUGGUUGAAGCACUUGAUGCAACCCAUGUUCUGCUGUUGACACUAAUAAUAAAUGCAGAUUCUUCAACCAGCAAUCACAGUUUGUGUGAAGCUGGUUGGAUUAAAAGGCUUGAUCCAAUAAUGACUGGGUUAGGUGCUCGAACCCCUCAUCAUGCACCCUUGUUGGCAUGGGCUGUUCUACAAUUGAGAGCUAUGGGAGAUUACUUAAGAUCUUGCUCAAAGACCUAUCACAAGUUAGCCCAGCGUGCACUUCAUGGGAAGGUGUUUAGCUAUUUAGAAACUUCACUGAAUAAUCCUACAAUAGAGGGAGACGAGUUACUCUUGCGACUUGCUUCAUCUGUUGUGUACUCCCUUGUCUGUGCAGCUGCUGGGUGUUUGGAUUUAGAACGAAUGGGCUGUUUACCAGAACUUAAUUCCCUUGCCAAAACAUGUUUGGCACAGGAUCCACCAGCUUCUCUCUUUUGGACUGAAGAAGACGGUGCAACAGGCCUACUUUUACCACCAGCAUUGGAAGUAUUCCCUCAAGAUGUGGAGCCCCUAUUAUCUCUUACAACUGCUCUUGCUCUUGCAAACCCAGAGAGCUGUCUCAAGGUGAUAGAGCUCCUUAGUGAACUACCAAACCUUACUUGGGUUGCAAAUGAAGCAGAUUUUGAAAAUAUAAGCAUGAGGGGGACUGACUGCAUAACCAAAAAUACACUACAGCCCUUACCAUCCUUAACUGUGCCACCAAGAACAGAAGGAAAGAUUGUUUCUAAUAACCCACCAGUGAUCGUAUGGCAGACACCAUGUAAUGCUUGGCAAGCUCUUUUGGUUUUCAUGAGACAACUUGAUCAGGAGUUUAGCAGAGGUGUUGUAGUCCCAGACCCCAAAAUUCUUGCCACUGUAUGCAGCACAACAAAGCUACUAACAGCAAUUCAUUCUACUGUCCCAGAGCAAUUGCCAGCUUUUGUUCAUUUUGUAGACCAAAGCUUAGCACUUUUACGCAGAUUAUCUCAGGCAAUGCGGCCUCCUAGCAGCCUUGUUGCUGCUCUUCUAGAGUUUUUGGCCAGUGUUGCAGCUGAUGAACCAGAACGUAUUUGGUCAGAAAUUGAGGGAUGUCCUUUGUUGCCCUACUUUGUAGCACCACAGCCGGUUGCAGGCGGCAAAAGGGGCAAAAGUGACCCCUUUCUGAGUUACCGUGCUGGUGGUCUUCGAGCUCUUGUGUGUGGAGAAGAAGCUGCAUCGGGAUCUUACCCAAUACUAAAAUCUUAUACCAAACUGCUGACCCAAGCUAUUAAGGGAGGCGUCAGUGGGGGCAGUGUCGGAGGAGGCAUAGUUUUCAUGUCGCGUGAGGUAACAGGAGCCAUUAUGUGUUGGUGCUACAAGGAUUAUAAAGAGAGAGAUUCAGUGCUAGAUGAAUGCCUAACUCUCCUUCAUCAUACAUUGGAAGCAUCUGAAUUGAAUAGUUACUUGCGAGAUUUGGUGGUUCACCAGCUUGUGGACAAAAGUAGUGCUGGACAGACUCUGUUGUCAGUAGUGGUUAAUGGGGCUAGUUUUGAGUCUGCAUUAAAUCAGCCAACUCAUUCCCCAGUCUCUACCCAUGCACGAAGGUUGACACGAACUGCCCAGAUGGGUCUUUCUAUCCUACAUAGGCUUGUUGGUGAGGAAAGUAGCAUAGGUGGUCUCAGUCAGCUUCUCUGUGCAGCACCAACUCCUGGAAUAGCACUGGGAGGUGGAAGGCUGAUGAAAGGGAGUGGUAGUCCUCCACACCUCGCUCUUACUAUAGCUUUAUAUGUGCAUCAGAGGUUAAACCCUCGCCUCUCUUACCUAGCCCUUCUUACCCUAACACGAUUUGCUCAGAAAUUAGAUGUCCCAUUAGUUGCUUGUCUGGGAAGCGAGGCUGAUGGCAUAAGGGAUGCUUUACUUCGUAGAUUAGACUCAGAUACUGAAGAUGUUGGGGUUAAAGUGGCACUGUUACGACUCUUAAAAGCCUCCACUACCAAACAGCAAGGCCUCACCAAUGCAUUUCUAACUCCACCUGAGAAGCUUCUAGAUCCACUUACUUCUCUACUUACAAAUCCAAGUUCUAAUGAGACUGGUCAAAAGCUUACUCUUGCCAUUGUUGAAUUAGUUGAUGCUCUUUGGAGUGAAAAAUACACCACUGCAACAGCAUAUUUCCAGGAUAAGGAGGACUUCUGGGAUGCGUUGGGCCAUCCUCUUAUCAGUGAAAAACCAGGUGAAAUGAGCGAUGCAGUUGCUGGUCAUACACUUAGGAUAUUAGCUCACCAGUUGUUUGCAUCAGACACUGAACCUCGUGACUCACUGAAGAAUGUUAUGGACAAAUUUUGUGACCCAGUGAAAGGGAAUAUAUGCCAAUGGUCAAAGCAUAUUAUAAAACACCUAGAAAGUGAUUCUAGUUCUGGCAGCAAUGUCCGAGAGUUAUUGUUACCUGCAUGGCGUGAUUUCUUGGUAGUAUUGGUAGCCAGAGCAAAAACUUGGCUUCUCACUAAACAAAAGAUAACCCUUGCCAGUGACAUUUUAAGUGGACUUGUGUACCAGCUAGACAGUCGUGUCAUGGAUGAAAAAGCAACAAAUCUCCUUGCCCAGUUGUAUUUAGCACUUGUCAAGCACUGUGGAAAACAACUAGUCGAAACAACAGAUUGCUUCAAGAGCCUUAGCAAGUUACUCUUGUUAAUGCAAGAAGCUGUGAUGGAGACCCCAGUUCAUUGCCAUUUCAUGAUCUUAGGAGCAGCAUUAAGAAUGGUUACUCUAACAGAAGCUUCUUAUGAAUCACAAGAUGAAGUAAUUGUGCUGUUGGAUCCUGUGCUUGCACUAGUGCAGCAACAUGGUAGACUAGCUGGCUCUGCAAAUCCCAGUGUUACCUCUGAGGCUAUAUUGAAUAUUGCUACAGCCUUGUUACAUCAGUGCUUGUUGCGGUGCCAUCCAGACACUGCAGAGCUCCACCUCAACUACUCUCCUGUUGUACCUGCUCUUCUUCAUGCCACAGAAAUAUACAUGCAGAGUGGUAAAGAUGACGUUGUUGGUGAACUUCUGCGUCUUAUUGCAACUCUUUCAAGGAUAUCACACCAGUCAGAUGAUUUGUCAACAGAUACAUUGUCUUCGACUCUUACUCUUACAAUUCCUCCGUCAAAGACCAGCCUGUUAAGUGAGGUGGUAUGGGGAGUCGUCUGGGGAGUCAUUCGUGAAGGUGUAAGAGGGGUUGAAGGUGGUGUCAACAUUGCAGCAGUUCACCUGUCAGCCUUGUGUGGAUCUCUGGCAGCACCUCACCGUCAGCCUGGACUUGCCCUUGCCACGGCUGCUCUUGUCACAGCUCUAGCUCCUCAUGCCUCCCUUUGGAUUGUAACUCAUGCAGCUUCAUACUCUCAGCUGACAUCAGCAGUAACUCGUUGCAUUCAUGUAACAACACAUCUACUUUGUACUCCUAGGGUUGUUCAGCUAGAAUUGAGUGGCCAAGAAAGUGGUUCCUAUAACAGGAAUGCAAUAUCUGCUGCUGAUCCAACAUCAUCUGUGAUUUCUUCUGCCACUACAGCUGUUCUCAACAAUAUGUUACAGGUACUCUGCACCUGCUUGAGUGCCAUUAUUGCCCUUGGUCCAGAACUGACAGAUUUGAUGUGUGGCCCAGGGAUUGACGUUGGGGCUUGGACACUGUUUUUCCACCCUUCCUUUCGCCCUGUUUCUGCACAUGACCCCACUGCUCAGCCAAGUUUAGCUUCACUCACUUCUGUUCUUGAUCUUUUUGAUAGCCAUGCAUCCAAGGAAAGUAGAGGGGUGUCUCCAUGCCGAAGUGGUGCUCCAGAAGUUGGGCUAGAUACCAGGGUUCUGGCAACUUGUGCUGAGCAGGCUUUGCUGAUCCUGCUGACCCAGGCAACUUUGGCCCUCAUGAGCCCUGAGACACCCCCUCGGGAUGCCCUCCGAGUACGACAUGGACUCGCAGAUGAAAUGAAUUCAUUCUUCACUCGAUGGUUGGGUAGACGGCCUGCUGUCUCUCCUUUGCCCAUAAGCACUGGCGGUACUGGAAUUACCAGUUCAUCACACAUUGAUCUCUCUUACCUACGCUUAGCGCAGCAGUUAGUGGGAAGACUAAGUGCAACAAAAUGAAAUACAAACAUUUUAGGAGCUUGGUUUUAUUAAACCAUUAGUAUUGAAUUAUUUGAAAAUUACAUGUUAAUUCCCACUUUCCAGUAAGAUUUUGACAGACCAGGAAGCAAGUUGGAUUGUUAACUUUUAACUUGCAAAAUUAAUACUGUGGUACUUUAAAUUUCUUCUUUCUUGGACUAAAGUUGAAAUGGAGUACUACCAAGAAUUUAUGUUUAUGUAAAUACAGUAUGUACCGAGUUUUUUAUGCGUGAAAUUCUGUCUUAGUACUUUAAUAAAGUAAUGUUGUACAA